AUGCAUAUCGUACGCAACAGAGACUUUGCGAAAUUUUUUCAAAAGGAUGAAAUAAAGACCACUCGGGCGUUACGACGCAACCCUCCUCCUCCGCGUACUCAGAACAUCUACGAUUUGGCAACAACAAUGAUCAGAACGCAGAGGAAGGAGAAUGCGGCUGCUAUGGCUUGUGAUGCCCUGGAUACCACUACAGACGAGGAGCAAAGACAGCUGGAUAUAUCAGACAUCUCCCCACAAUAUUCGUCCCAACUUGAGUUUGACAGCGGCUGCGGAACACCGCGUGGGGGUGCUGCUGGGCCGUCCAAGUCAGUGACUAACAUUUCGGCACCGGACCUCCACGGCCAAAUGGUCAACUACUCCCUCAUCUCAGGACUUAGUGACAACUCAAAAUCGAAAGAUUCGGUUGUCACUGAAGAAGACAUUCUCCUUAAUAGAGUCGAGAUGUGCAGAAUAAAAAGUGGCAUCGAGAAUCCAGCUUUCACGAGUAGAGAUAGCGAAGAGACGUCGCUUUCUACCUGUGUGGCUGUAGGUGGUUGUGGCAGAGCGGAUGAAGGUGAUAACGACAGUGAAUGUGAUGACAUCGAAUUUGGCAGAAUCGAAGACAAAAACGGCAGUGUCGGAGAAAUAGGUGACAUACCACUUUGUAGACUUGAUAGUGUUAGUAUUGGAGGGUAUAUCGGUGAUGCUAAUGGAGGUGAUGGUGGUGGAAGUGGAGCCCGAAUGAAGGGAGAAACGUCGUGGAUUCGCAGCGGCAGCAGUAGCAGACGACGGCGAUGGCGUGAGAGUGACGUCACGAACCUCGACAUGGAAUCGAACGUCGACGACGACGUCGUCGUCGUAAAGUGUGUCGGUGCCAGUCUCCCUACCGAAAAACUUCCCCGACAUCAUUCGCGUCAACAUCGUCGCAGCUCCGCUCCCCAUCGCCAGCUUCCAAAAUACAGCUACCUUCACGCCGGCGGUAGCAUGGACAAUAUUAACACGAAACGCUUCUUCAACGGCGAAGAGACCGUUCACGACGACGACGACGAUGACUCCGAAGAUAAGGACGUCUUCGCCGCCGCCGCCGCUACUGGUAUAACCGCUGAUACCUUCACUCGCAGUUACGAAGAAAUGGAAUGUGAUUGGGAGCUGGAGAAACGAUCUAGUGCCAACUCUAGCCAGAGUAGUGUGUUGGCCGGCAGUAGUUUAGCGAAGAAUAACGAAAAAGACAAUACGUCUGACUCGUCGCCGGGCGGUGAUGGCGUGUCCUGCUGCGGUUCCAAAGAUAACGCCACUGCCCUGCUGGGGGUGACCCCUUCAGAGUAUUACAAGCGUUCUCUGCGCAUGAAGGACAAUAGGGUCAAGUCGACGAUACGGCGCCACGCUCUGCGUGGCGUCCGCCCGCUACUUCCGGCGACUAUGAUAGACGAGUGUACAAUCGAGGCCUUGUCAAAGGAGGAUUUAUUGGUCAUGUGGAAGUCGUCUGAGAUCGAACUCCAGAAGCGGCUCGGAGAGGUCAUGAUACAGAAGGAAAAAUUAAAGAAACUUAUAGCAGAACACAUGCAAAACACAGAUGUUUAG